UUGCAGGAAGUAAACAGCUACUAAACCACAGAAACUCAGUCACGCACUUUACUCUCGAUCACCUCCCCUUCUCAGUGUUCACUUCUGCUCCAACCUAAAGAGGAAAGGGUCCCGUUUACUGUGCUCGGCUUGUUUACAUUCCUUCUCAUCACAUUAAACCCAUUUCUUCAGAAGUCGCUUGUUUGAAAGCAGAAAGGAUGUCGUUGUACCCAUCGCUAGAGGACCUUAAAGUGGACAAGGUCAUUAGGGCACAAUCCCAGUUUGCUAAUGCCACUUCCAGCACUCCAGCCAUCACUCAGGGUGCUUACCAGCCACAGCCUGCCACACAGGGGAUGCCAAGCUCAACUCUAUACCCCAAUCUGGAGGAGCUGGGAGACUACAUGGGACUCAGUCUGAACAGCGAUGAGGUCCAGAGAAACCUUGCACUGGUCCCAGUGGCUACUCAAGUGGCAGUGCCAAGCUCAGUGGGUGGCAUGGUGCGUCCCGUGACUGGGGCAGACAUGGGCAUCAGGAGGGCAGAGAUUCGCCCGGGCCUACGAGAGGUCAUUCUCUGCAAAGACCAGGAGGGAAAGGUCGGCCUGCGUCUCAGAGAUAUCGAUAAUGGAGUGUUUGUGCAGCUGGUGCAAGCCAACUCUCCAGCGGCACUGGCUGGUCUGCGUUUUGGAGAUCAGGUUCUGCAGAUUAACGGGCAGAACGUUGCUGGCUGGAAUUCAGAUAAGGCCCAUAAAGCUCUGAAGGCAGCAGCAGAACAGCGCAUCGAGCUCAUCGUUCGAGACAGACCAUUCCAGCGCACAAUCACCAUGCACAAGGAUAGCUCUGGCCAUGUGGGCUUUAUCUUCAAAUCUGGGCGCAUCACAUCUCUAGUGAAGGACGGUUCUGCUGCUCGUAACGGCCUGCUCACCGAACAUUACAUCUGUGAGAUCAACGGCCAGAACGUCAUUGGACUCAAGGACACUCAGAUUAAGGACAUCUUGACCACAUCUCCUACUGCCAUGACCAUCACCAUCAUGCCUAAAUUCAUCUUUGAACACAUGAUCAAGAAGAUGUCAGGCGGCCUGCUGAAGUCCUCAAUGGAUCACUCUGUGCCUGAGGUCUGAACACAGGAGACCAUGCAAAAACCCCCUUUCCACAAUGCCUACAAUCUCUAGCCUUCCCACUGGAGCCUUCAGCACAGGGCUAGCCUAUCACUGAUUGGAUAAGACCUUCUCAAUCACAUUCAUUUAGAACAUGGAAAAAAAAACUGCCUUUUUCUAUUUCACCUGUUGGCCGUUAUCAUUCUGCCUUCUAGUUCUUGAUUCUGUCCUUCCAUGUCAUCGUGCCAUUGUUUAAUUACUGUCAUAUUACAUGUUAUACAAUAAUAAUCCAUCACCACUCUUGAAAUAUUAGCAUUAUUAUCUGAUUAUUUUACUUUAGCUGGGAGGAAGGGGGCUAAAAAAAUGAAUCUGAGCUUCCUUUCUGAAAGGCUUCAACACUUCUAACUUCUCUAUUCCUCCCACUAUGCACAAACACUUUGUUUUUGUUUUUUUUAUUCAUAUUUUUAACUUGUAUAUGCCAAGACAGCUGUACUCUGCCAGAAAGGAUCCUGGGCCAGAAUUUAUAAUACAACAACUCAUUUCUUAUUGAUUCACCAUGUUUUUAUAGAUGUUUAAUCUUUCAUAAUAUUCUAUCAUUAUCCUGUAAAUGUUAGUGUCUCUAAAAUUUAUAUACGAAUGUAACCUGAAGACUGAAAUUAUUACAAAAAUAAAUCAUCCUGGUGAUACCAUUGGAAUGUAGUCAAAGGUAAUCUUUAAAAAAAAAACAGAUUUAAAACAAAUGACUGAAAGUCAUCCAAAGUAGCAAGAAAGGCUUUGUUCACCAUGCUAUUUAAUAUAGAUCUUUUACAGAGUGAUGAAGGUUCAACAGCCAUGUGUUGCAGUGAUGUUUAUACAUACUCAUAUCACCAUUAAAAUAUUAUUCUACACAAAAAAUAUUGAGACACUUUGAAACAUUGCUGGGCUUACAGGACUGUUUCCAUUUUUCUGAUUGAUCUUAUACUGUUAGUUUAGACAAUAGACACAAAAUUGAAUAGCCAGAUGAAGAAUGUAAACAUCAUUGGAAUUACCAAUUAGAAAAACAAGCAAGCAAACAAACAAACAAACAAACAAACUCAAAGGUAGCUCUGUAAGAUCUAAUAUUCUAGGCACACUUAUAAAAUCCUGCUUAACAGAUACUGAACUACUGGUGUAAGUCAGCUUUCCAAACAUUUCAGUAUUCAUUCUUUAGGAGUCAACUUACAAAACAAAAGGUGUUGAUGAUGUACAAAAAUAACCUAACAUUUUAAACAUCUGUUUAUUGCAGGAGUGAGUUAUUAAGUUAUUUAAAUUGUGUAAUUUACUUUGCCUCAUAUCAUUGCAGAAAUUUGGAAGAAAGACAAAUAUAUUUUUAAUACAAUCUAAAUUAUUCUUGUUCCUCUAUUAAAUGUCAUUUCUUACAAAACUUUGAUGCUUCAAAACACCCAUAAAUAAAGGGAUCCAAAAAUAA